AUGAACAAAGUGGUGAUUGGUUUGCUGUGGCUUGGAGUCGCCCUAGUAUCUGCAGCCACUUCACGUCCAGCUCCAAGGCUUGAGGUCACGUUCCCGACGCAGCACUCGUGGUGGCAGGUGUCGAACGACGACGGGUUAUUGGCGGAUUUGCCCGUGUACUUCCAGACCCAUAACUUCAAGAUCCCCCGUGACGGAUUCCUGUUCGUGACGGGGGACAGCGUGCCUGAGGAAGGCUAUCGACAAACGGCAGCGGUCAACUCAGUUGUGCUCGGCGGUAUCGACCCAGGCACGCACUUCUGGAAGUUGGAGCUCCGAUCGUGGAGUGACAGCAGUGUUGCUGUCGCAGAGGCAACACUGCACGUAGAAGUUGUGGUGAACCCUUCGGACGAGCGUUCGCCGUGGAAAUAUACACUGCAGGAACAAGAGAGGAGGCCACUCGUGUUUGUUAACGCUAAAUCUCAACAGGAUUCAAUUGCUGAGGUGUUGCCGGUGUGCUACGUAUCGUCGACGUCUGGAGCCUUCGACGGUCAGCGGAGAAUGUGGCUGCAGAUCAUGGAAGGGCUUCGUGGGGAGAAGAAUAACAACACGGUCGAGUUCCAGUUUGAGGUGAAGACCUUUGAGCAAGUGGUGACCAAUGCACCACUGACGAGGGCAUUGCAGCGAUUGAACGUCAAUCUUCAAGGACUUCCGUUGGAGAUAUUUCUGAAUGAGCUAUCUGAUGAAGACACGUCUCCUGACGGAGUGAUCAAUGCUCUGCUUGCGAGCUUCUAUCGACGAUUUCCUUGGGCAAGACACGAUUCCCGGCAGAUUUCGAAGCUGGACCAGCCUGAUCUUCGUCGGCUUGAUCCGCCAUACGCUGCUCGAGUGUGGACAGACCUGGUCAAUGCGCUAAGCUCUCCGUGCGCCGAUGGACUCAUCAUUUUCUCGAACUCGCGCAGGAUUUCGGACGAACUGCUGGUUCUUGCGGCCCGGCUUGCCGGGCCCCGAGCUAUUAUAAUGGAGCUUGCGAACCUCCAUCCCACUAAAGUUGAUGUGGAUUUCCUGCUGGCACCUUCACAUUUUGCGAGAGACCACUACUCCAUCUCAAGAAAUAUACGAGCCCGCCACAAAGUGGUGCUCGCAACUGGAGUAAACACUCGGCAAUUUACACCAGCUACAGCCCCGCCUUCCGACGAACAGACCUUUGUCAUCGGGUAUGUCGGGCGACUCGCACCCGAAAAAUCUUUAGGAAUUCUGUUGGCCGCAAUGAAGAUUCUUGGGCCAAUCUGUUCUCGAUGCCGCCUGCUAAUUGUUGGAGAUGGCCCACAAAAACUUCAGCUCCAGUCUAUUGCCUCUGAGUGGGGAUUGCUUGGCACUAGCGUUGAGUUUGUGGGUGGAAUAUAUAACGACGAGCAAGCGUUGGUGUGCCAGCUCCGUGAGAUGCACCGUGGAGCUGCCUGUUGUGGGCUUCAUUUCAGGUGGGACGGGGGAGUUUCUCCACGACGGCGUCAAUUGCAGAGCUGUCACUAA